AUGCCCGCUACUGCAAAGCCUUCUACGUGGCUGCUGGUGUCGCUCGCAGUCGUGCUUAUGGCCUGGCUUUCGUCGCGCAGCUCGCAGCACACAAACAUGACUGUCACGCCACCCGUCUUCCCUCCCUGUCCUCCCAUCCCGCAGGCCACGGGUCCGGUCAACCUCCUGUUGCCGCCCACCGAGGACCGCGAGCACCGCUACUUCACCCUUGACAAUGGCCUCGAGGUUGUGGUCGUGUCCGACCCCAAGGCCGACAAGGCCGCCGCGAGCAUGGACGUCGGCGUCGGACACCUGUCCGAUCCCGACGAUCUGCCUGGCUGUGCCCACUUCUGCGAGCACCUCAUGUUCUUGGGCACGAAGAAGUACCCCGCUGAGAACGAGUACUCGGUCUUCCUUUCGUCACACAACGGAGGGUCCAACGCAUGGACGGCCAUGACGUCGACAAAUUACUACUUUGACGUCGCACCCGAUGCGCUCGAGGGAGCUCUUGACCGAUUCGCUGGCUUCUUCGUGGAGCCGCUCUUUGCCGAGGACUGCACCGAGCGCGAGAUCAACGCCGUGAACUCGGAGCACAAGAAGAACCUGCAGAGCGACAUGUGGGCGAGUAUUGUCGAGGAGCGCUUCUUCCAGCUGGAGAAGUCCCUGUCCAAGCCUGGUCACCCGUACGGCAAGUUUGGCACUGGCAACCUCGAGUCGCUGUGGACAAAGCCUCAGGAGGCUGGCCGCGACCCGCGCAAGCAGCUCAUCGAGUGGUGGGAGAAGGAGUACUGCGCCCGCCGCAUGAAGCUCGCCGUUGCUGGCCGUGACGACCUCGACACCCUUGAGCGCCUUGUCCGCGAGCGCUUUGCGGCCGUACCCGUCAGGACAGAGGGUCAGCCGCUCACCGGCCGCGAUGGUGUCCGCGUCACCUUUGAUGAGCACCCCUACGGCCCCGAGCAACAGGGUGUUGUCACCUUUAUCAAGCCUGUUCGGGAUAUGCGGGCCUUGGAGAUCAACUUCCCUUUGCCAGACCUGCACCACAAGCACGAGGUCAAGCCUUACAACUUUGUCGCCCACUUUGUCGGCCACGAAGGCAAGGGCUCGCUGCUCUCCUACCUCAAGGAGAAGGGAUGGGCCAACUCUCUCAGAGCUGGCAACUCGCACGAGGCGUCGGGCUUCUCCUUCUUCAAGAUCUCGCUCGAGCUCACGCCCGAGGGCCUGCAACACUGGAAGGACGCCGCUCUGGCCGUCUUCAAGUACAUUGCACUGCUCCGCUCGGUCGCCCCUAGCGAAACCGCGUACGACGAGAUUCGCAAGCUCUCCGAGAUUGGUUUCAAGUUUGCGGAGCGCGGCAAGACGCGUGACUACGUUACUCAGCUCAGUGGUUGGCUGCAGGCGCCCGUGCCGCGUGACCAGAUUGUCAGCUCAAACUACCUCCUCGGCGACUGGGACGAGCCGCUCGUGACGCAAGUCUACUCUCUUUUCGACCCUCGAUCGGCUGUCCUCGGCGUCACUACGCAGGAGCUCCCGAAGAACGUCCCUGCCUCGUUUGACAAGAAGGAGGCCAUCUACGGAACCCAGUACCACCAGGAGAAGCUUGACGAUGCCUUCUUGAAGGAGGCACUUACCGGAGCUCCCAUCCCUGGGUUGAGCCUUCCGGGCCCCAACCUCUUUGUCCCCGAGAAGCUCGAUGUUGUCAAGCAGGAUGUGAAGGAGCCUGCUUUCCGUCCCGAGCUCCUCCGUGACACCGAGGUCUCGCGCCUGUGGUACAAGAAGGACGACCGGUUCUGGCUCCCCAAGACCAACCUGCAUGUGGAGCUCCAGUCCCCGCUUCUCCAUGUCACUCCCCGCACCGCUGUCCUUGCUAGAUUGCUGUGCGACCUUUUCACCGACGCCACCGCUGAAGAUGUCUACGACGCGUCGCUUGCCGACCUCAGCUUUGACCUGUACUACACUGGCGACUCGAUCAGCAUCAGCGCGGGUGGCUACACCGACAAGCUGGCGCUCUUGACCGAGACUAUGCUUAACAAGUUCAUCAACUUUGAGAUUGACCCCGUCCGCUUCGACAAGGUCGUGGACCAGAUCAAGCUCCACUGGAAGAACUUUGAGCUCAGCGAGCCGUACUCGCUGGCUUCGUACUGGUCGUCGUACGUUCGUAGCCAGGCGACGUGGACGCAGAGGGAGAAGCUCCAGGAGAUCGACUUCAUCACGCCCGCCGACGUCAAGGCGUUUGCCAACGAGCUCUUCCAGCGCCUGUACGUUGAGUCGCUCGUCCACGGCAACACCUCGGCCGACGAAGCCAAGGCUCUCCAGGAUUCUUUUGAGACGAUUCUCAAACCCCGCGCCCUGGCACCCGGAGAGAAGGCUGCCCUUCGCCAGCUUCUUCUUCCCCCGUCCUCGGAGCACUUCUGGCAGAUCCCUGUGUCCAACCCCGCCGAAGUCAACAACUGUGUGAUCCUCUACACGCAGGUUGGCGAGUCAACGGAUCCUGCCGCUCGUGCUCAGCUUGCCCUGUUGGCUCAGAUUGCUUCUGAGCCUGCGUUCAACGUUCUCCGUACCAAGGAGCAGCUUGGCUACAUCUGCCAGGCGUCUCAGACUGGCAACCCCAGCACGCUCGGCUUCCAAGUCCUCGUGCAGUCUGAGCGCGACCCGAUAUACGUCGAGACGCGCAUCGAGUCAUUCCUCGAGGGCCUCAAGGAGACGAUCGAGAACCUCUCUGACGAGGAGUUUGAGCGCCACCGCAAGAGCUUAAUCGAGAAGAAGGAGGAGAGCCCCAAGAACCUGGGCGAGGAGUCGCGCCGCUUCUGGCACCGCAUUCUCGACAGGCACUACGAGUUCAGCCGUCGCCAGACGGACGUUGAGCACCUCAAGGCUACGACCAAGGCUGAGGUUCUCGAGCUGUUCCUUUCGACCGUUCACCCUGCGUCCAAGACGCGUCGCAAGUUCUCGACGCACCUCAAGUCGCAGGUCAAGGGCGGUGUUGUCAAGUUUGACUUGGCCUCUGGCCCCGAGGUCAUUGCCGCGUUUGGCAAGCACAAUGUCCCUGUUGACCAGGCUGCUGUCCAGGCGCUUCUCCAGACCAGCCCUGCGUUGACAACAGUCAAGGAGUUUGUCCACAAGGCGAUUGACCAGGCGGCUUCGGGCGGAGGGCUUUCUGCCGAGGCCACGACCGAGCUUCGUGCCGUUGCCGACAACCUCAAGGGCGUCGAGUCUGCCGACGCCCCUGCUGCAGAGGUCAAGCUCAAGGACGGCAACGUCGAGGUCAAGGACAUUUACGCGUUCAAGGCGACGCUCACGCCUUCCGAGGCUGCGCUCCCUGUCGAGCCGCUUGUCGUCUCCAAGCUGUAG